AUGGCUUCCACCUGGCUCUGCCUUACUUCCCUCCUUGCUCUCGCAUCUUCCGUACAAGCACACCCCGGCCACAAUCAUGCCCACAUAGCUCGCAGCCUGGCGUCGAGGACAUCCCCGUCUGAUCACGCCUGGUGGCAUCGCGACGAGUCUCACUUUGCGCACAAGCUCUUCAAACGCGGACCCACGACCGACGGUAUCACCUACCCCGAGGUCGGCUCCCCCACAUGGGCGGCCGCCUACCCCACCAGCACUCCGGACUCGAGCCAGAUGCCUCAGGAGUGGAAGGACGCGCUUGACGCCGCCGUGAAGGCCGGCACGAUUCCUGACCUGGCUCCUUCGACCAACGAUCCGGCUGCCGGUCCGGUCUACCCCAAGGGCGUCGAUCCCAUGGACCCCAAAGUCUGCUCGGCGACGUACAAGUGCCGCCUCGACACGGACCUGUGGGAUGCUCCUGACGGCCAAGUCGGCAUUUCGUUCGACGAUGGUCCCAUUCCCGAAAGCUCGGACGUUCUUUACCAGUUCUUACAGGAGAACAAUAUCAAGGCCACGCAUUUCUUCAUCGGUGUGAACAUCUUGUGGGGUUCGAAGGAGUUCAUGACUGCCUAUGAGACGCUUCAAGACGACAUCGCCGUGCACACUUGGACCCACCCGUAUAUGACCACGCUUUCGAACGAGGACGUCGUCGCUCAGCUCGGCUGGACCAUGGAGAUCAUCCACAACUCGACUGGCGGUCGUAUUCCCCGCUUCUGGCGCCCUCCUUAUGGUGACUCCGACAUCCGUGUUUCCGCUAUCGCUCGGGAGGUGUUCGGCCUUAAGACGGUCAUUUGGAAUCAAGAUACCGAGGACUGGUCCAUGGCAACGACGGACCUGACGCUUCAGUCGGUUGAAAAUAGCCUCCACGGCUGGUACGCGGGCCCCAAGUCGCCCGGCCUGAUCAUCCUUGAGCACGAGCUCACGAACGACACCGUUGGCGCCUUCAUCAACACGUUCCCGGCGGCCAUGAGCGCCGGCUGGAAGGCCGUGUCCGUUGCUCAACUCGAUGGUCUGAACACUCCGUACCAGAAUGCUGAGGGCGCGGAGGGCCAGCCCACUGUCGCCAAUAUCAUCGUGGACGCUUCUGCAUCAUCCUCCACCGCGGCAUCCACUGCUGGCUCGAGCGCUACUGCUAGUGCGAGCGGUUCCUCGAGCAAUCACGCCAGCGCCAGCGCGAGUGGGAGCGGAUCGUCUGCAGCUCCCAGCGGUACUGCUGCGUCGGACAGCGCUGUCCACACGAGCGACGCUACCGGCUUACAACACCCGCUCGCCUUGGUCGCUGGAUCGACAGUAUUGAUCUCCAGCUUGAUCGCAAACCUCCUCUAA